ACCGGUGUCAGAUAAGGGACAGACAUCGGUUAGCUGGUCUAUUAUUUCUUCUUUGGGCAGCGUUUCCUUUGUUGCAUUUAUACUGACUUUCAUGCUUAAAUAAAUACAACAUAAAAAAAUUGGUUGAAGAACCUAACAAUGGAGCAAGUUUAAGGAGAGACAACGCCGUGUCUUUUGUACAUGGGUCUGUGGGGCUUGGGCUAGCUACCCAGUCUUAUGCUAAUAAUCUUUGAAGGGAACAAAAGGUAGACUAGUGACCAAACUGUUCAAGGAUCGCAGGUGAGUUUCCAGAUUCCAAGAUGUCUAACCAUGCCGAUUGCGAGGAUGCUAGUUUAUAUGAUCGCUUGUACUGCCAUGUAUGUGCCAACUUCAUUGCUAUCCCGGUUACGCUUGAAUGUGGCCACAACUUCUGCUUGGAGUGCGUGGAGAAGUUCUGGGACACUAAUGAGGAUCCCUUCUGCCCAUGGUGCAUGGAAAAGGACCCGGACAAGAAGUGCUCUGUUAAUUUGCCGCUGGAUAACGCAGAUGCCAGGGUUUUGGUGCCGGGACGCCCAAGUAGUGAUGUGUGGUCCGGGAAACAGGAGGACAGUAGCUGGGAAAGAACUUCCCAAGGUUCCUGGACUGAAGACAGUUGUUUCGCCAGAAACAAAGGAGCAGCACAGACUGAAGAACUAGCCGGUGCGGACUCGAUGGAGGAGAUGUUUCCAUUGAUGUCUGUGGAGUAUGAACUUCCAAACACUGAUGAAAGCUCUGCUAUUUCUUCACUAAUGGACAAAGAUCAAAAUGAUCAUUCAGAAUCUGAUGAAGACAUUUAUAGUGACCCUGGAGCAAAUAUACCUGCACAGAGUGCUGGUUUACAGGAUGACACUAAUGCAGCACAGAAAUGUGAACCUAUGAGGGAAGCAAUCUCAGAGAAGUACACAUGGGCUGGUAUACAGGAUGACACUAAUGCAGCACAGAAAUGUGAACCUAUGAGGGAAGCAAUCUCAGAGAAGUACACAUGGGCUGGUAUACAGGAUGACACUAAUGCAGCACAGAAAUGUGAACCUAUGAGGGAAGCAAUCUCAGAGAAGUACACAUGGGCUGGUAUACAGGAUGGCACUAAUGCAGCAGAGAAAUGUGAAUCUAAAAGUGAAGUAAUCUCCGAGAAGUACAUGUGGGACAAUCAUGCCCAAGAAGUUUUAACACAAGUGGGGUUAGUUCAGUUCUGUAAGAAAAAACUUUCACUGAGGAAUGUAUUAGAAAUUAGUGUGGAAGCUUUGGAAGGGUGUGCACCAAAAUCCCUAGAGCAUGUUCCCUGGUACUUUCUUAGGAAGGUAAUGAGAUUAGAUGCCAGUGCAGUCAACAUAAAAUGUAUCUGUGAUCAUAUCAUAAGAAAUGAAAUGCAGGAGCUGGAAUCUAAUGAUAUAUUUACAACUUCCACCUGCUCAGCAGUUCCCUGGAUCCACCCUUUAGAUAUAAUUGUGUCAGUGUUUCUCUGUUCAGAUGCUCUGUUACAGCAGGAGCUCAUGGUAAAAAUGGCUUCAUGUCAGUUUGCAUUACCGCUUUUACUGCCUACAUGGAACAACAGUUGUACCUUCCUGCUCUGGGCACUGCGCUCAGUUUUAAAGAAGUGGCACCCCAUACGAGGGAAAGACAACAAUGGGUUCCUGGAAGAACAUGUAGUUUCAAUGAAAAUUCCAACUUUCUCAUUUAUAAAGGUAGGUGACAUUAAUGUGUCAAAGUCUAAAAUACUGAAUGACAUCCUCAACAAUAAACAGCAAUAUCAUAAUAUAUUUAUCCAUUACCAUAUGGAUUGUGCAAACUUACCUAAGAAAAUAUCCAAUGGUCUUGCAGAGAUUUCUUGGUACUUGCCAUCUGGUUCUGAAAACAAUGAUGUUUUCACACAGCCAUUUCAGAUAAUUAAUCUACAUGGUGAUGCCUUCAAAACACCAGAGCAAGCUGAAUUUUUAACACUAAUCUCUUCUGCUGUCUUUGUGUUCCUUGGUGAUAUUACAGAAAUGAAACUUCAGUACCUAAAAAACUUGACAAAAAACAAGGCACAGAUCUAUCUCAUAUUAACUUCAGAUGUUACAAUACAAAAUGCAAAAGAUUUAUUACUAUCAUUUACACAAAUGUUUAAUUUGUGUAAAAAAUACAUUAUUAUCAAAAGCCAACAAAUAAACGAUUCUGACUUUACAACAAAACUUUGUUUCAGACUACAGUCUGCUAUGGAUCAGUGUAGCCAAGAAAACAUGUUAUGUCUAGAGGAAAUGAUUUCUGUGGCACAUCAAUGUGGAAUUCACGUAGAUGAGGAUGAAGAACAAAUUCAACUCACAAAGAAUUGGUGUGAAGACAUCAUUGGUCUUAUAACAAAUGCUGAUAUCCAAGAUUUCAAAUGCAGAAAUUUCAGAUUUCAAGGUGAGACCUGCAAGAAACUGUUAGAUUUUGAAAAGGAACAAAGCCGUUUAAAAAACUGCUGUGGGAGUGUGGUGCUAUACACUGCUAAGUUAGAAAAACAGAAAAGUCAAUUAAGGCAAUCUCUGUUAGAGAAGGAUCUUCCUGACAUUAUGAAAAGCUUCAUUCAGAAACUGACAGAUUUAUCUGGAAGUAAUAGAGUACUUUUUCUUCAGUGGAUAAAGCACAAGUUAAAUUCUAAAUCUCAAACUAGAAUGUCUGAGUUAAAGUCUCAGUACAGAAAUAAAUACAAAACAUUAAUCAGUACAGAAAAUCAGACAGAAAGAGAGCAAAAACAGACAAUGCUUCAAAAAAUUAAUAAUAAACUCAGUGCUGCCUCACUGGGUCUAGAGCAUUUCAUGCGUGAACUGGGGCAGAUUUAUGAAACUCUAAUAACAGAAAAAAAAGAAUCAUUUCAAGGAAUUCCGUCAGCUGAUACAUUAGCAUAUACGGCUGCAGAAUUAUUGUUAGAAGGUUUACCACUGGAACUUCUUGAUGGAGAUACUGGGACUAUAGCAGUAAACUGGAUAUCAGCUGUUCUAAAAGAAGUAGCCAUUCUUGUGGGAAGAGAUAAGUGCGUGUUUGUACUGUCAGUGUUAGGUGUACAAAGCACUGGGAAAUCGACUUUGCUGAACACAAUGUUUGGGCUGCAGUUUGCUGUGGGCAGUGGAAGAGGCACAAAAGGUGCAUUUAUACAGUUGCUUAAAAUCACAGGUAGCUUACAAUCGCAGCUGGGCUAUGAUUUCCUCAUGAUUAUUGAUACUGAAGGAUUAAAAGCCCCCGAAUUACAGAGUUUGGUUGACAAUUAUGAGCAUGACAAUGAACUAGCAACACUAGUGACUGGAUUAAGUGAUAUGACCCUUGUAAAUAUGUCCAUGGAACAUUCUGCAGAAAUGAAAGAUAUAUUACAGAUUGUUUUACAUGCCUUUAUCAGAAUGAAAAUUGUUGGCAAGAAGCCAGUUUGUGUCUUUGUCCAUCAGAAUGUGGGUGACAUUUCUGCUUAUGAUCAGAACCUGAUAGGUCACAAGCUUCUUCUGGACCAGUUAGAUGAAAUUAUAAGGGCUGCAGCAAAAAUGGAAAAAUGUGAUGACAAAUUUACCAAACUUGCUGAUGUUGCAACAUUUGACCCCAACUGUUCAAAGGGUUACAUAGCAGGCCUUUGGCAUGGUUGUGGCCCCAUGGCAUCUAUUAGUAGAGGAUACAGUACCAGUGUAUUUGAACUGAAAAAGUCCUUAUUUCAGACCAUCCAGACAUUCAGUAAAUACAAAGAAACAUUUUCUGACUUCUCCAGAUUGAUACAGGACACAUGGAGUGCAGUAAAAAUGGAAAACUUUAUAUUUAGUUUUAAAAACAGCUUGGUAGCUGAGGCCUUCCAUCAUAUUACACAGGAAUUUGCCAAGUGGGACUGGGAGAUGCGAAGAGCUGUGCAGGAGUGGACAAUCCAAGCUGAAAAUAAAAUUGAAGCCUCUGAAACUAACAUCUCCAGUUUCUUAGAAACAGAGCUCAAAAUGUUUAUUACAGAAACACAGACUGUUGCACUCAGCCAUCUGGAAAAGUACUUUACUGCUAACCCAGAAAAGGCAAGACUUGUUGAAGAAUACAGACAAAGGCUUAUUAAUUGCAUUCAAGCUCUUGGGCAAGACUUGCUCCUUUCUGCCUCAAAGAGAUGCCAAGAAGCAAACCAAAGUAAAAAAGCCUUGAAGGAAGUCAAUAUUCUGAAACUAAGUUACAGUAAGAAACUUGAAAAGGGCAUUUCAGAACUUUUAGAAAAUUUUAAGCAACAUAAAGCUAAAUUAAAUGAUUAUGAACUGUUGUUUUAUUUUGAUACGAUGUGGUAUAAAGAAACCAGUUGCAUUCCUGUUCCCCUGCCUAAGCGAAUCAACAUUGAGGCAGAUAUGGAGAACAGUCUGAGGGAACACAUGCCUGCCAUGUCAGCUGAUAUAAACAAAAAAAUAAGAGACGUAAGAGGUGAUUGGAGCCUCUUGAAAGGUGUGAAGGAUUUUAUACCAAAUUCACUCAGUGGCCAUUUCAGCAAUGAAACAGAUGAGCAGAUGGCCAAAUGUAAAGCUUUCCUUGUAGUGGAGCAGUGCAGCAUGUUUGUAGAAGACAUUGUGAGACAAGAUAGAGAUUAUGAUCCCAGUCACUGGUUUAAAGUUUUAAAUUAUGUUGAUAAAAAUAUUAUAAAACUGCAAACAGACAGGUUUUCAUAUCCGCCUGAAUUUCUUUUGGAGUUUAAGCUACAUGUAUGCAUUUCUGCACUCAGUAAAUUUAAGGAAUUACACAGGAAAUUUAAUGAAGAAAAUAACCCACUGCAACUACUUGCUAGAGAGAGAGAGAAUUAUUUUUACCUGUUUAAGGAACUGUACAAAACUAAUGAUGCAAGUCAGACAAUGGCAGAAACUUUUACUGAACAAUUUCUGAAGCCAGCAAUUUUCAAAGCAAUUGAGAAAAAUCUAGGAUUUGACAUUGCUGAUGACAUGAAAAACAACUAUUCUGGUGGUGGAUUUAAAGCUAGAAUGAAUUUUAAUGUAGCAAUUAUGUAUGAUUUGUAUAUGAAAGAUGAUUUUGAAACUUACUAUAAUUACAUUAGCAGUAGUGCUUUGUUUGAACAGACGUGGCUACAUGAGAAAAUAAUUCAGCACUGCAUGAGACAGUAUAAUGGCCACACUAGACUUUUUCAACUGGCCACACAGACAUUGAAAGUGUUAGUUAACAUGCUGAAAAAUGCAAUAAGCAAUGCAAAAGUUAACAGUGAAACAAUAUUGCAAUUUUUUGAGAAAGUAAAAGAAAAUAUUCAAAGCUGUCUUGUUAUAUCAUCAAAUGCAGACAUAUUUGCAUCUCAUACCAAUCUGGAGUGUUUUGUUAAAUAUUUAGAGGGCAGUAUUAACAGGACUGAAAAAGACAUAGAAACAGAAAUUGGACAGUGGAGAGCUGCUACAAAAAUAACAUCCCUACCCUACUCACCCACCUCUCUGCUCUAUGAAAGCUUAGAAGGAUGUGGAAUGUGCUGCUUCUGGUGUGGGACACCCUGUGAGAACAGUCAACUUGGUCAUGUGACACACAGUGCUACAUAUCACAGACCAGUUGGCAUUAAUGGCUAUAAAAAUGAGGAGUCAAAUAAGUUAAUUCCUGAAACCUGUACAUCAAUUGUUGCAACUAUUAAACAGUUUCGGAAUAAAGACACAAAAUGGAAAUGGGUUCGUAUCAAAAAGUAUAAAUCAGUUAGUGAUCACUACAGAUCCUGGAAUAUUCCACCAGACACAAGUCUGAGCGAGUCAUCUUACUGGAAGGCUGUGUUCUACAAAUACAAUGAGAAGUUUGCUGAAUAUUACAAAUGUUUACCUGCUGAUGUUCCACCUGAAUGGAAUUUUUCAUGGGUGGAUGUCUGUAGAGAUGUUGCAGAUGCUUACAAUGUAAAUCUAGACAGUUUCUGAGAAAGCAAACAUGAAACUGGAAAAGAAUGAUAACAUAAUAAAUACAAUGUGUUGAGAACUUACAUGAUGAACAAAUAUGUGGUAACUUGGUAGCAUUAGGGUUGCCACCUUUCCAAAUGGCCAAAGUGGGACAUUUGUGCUACAAACAUCAGAUUUUGCAGGGCA